ACAUCGGCCGCAUUCGCUACACUGGCUUUGCCCGCCGAACAGACACUCAAAACAAGAAAAAUUCCAAAACGUGUUAUCGCCCACUCCAACCACAAAUAACCGAAGAUGGCCCAGUCGAUACAUAUGACCAACGAACAGCUCAGGGAGCUGAUCGAAGCGGUGCGGGUGUCCGCCGUAAGUGCCGCCGGAAUCGCAGCCACAUCCGGAGGAGCAAACGCCCAGGGUGCCAAGGGCAAGGGCAGCUUCUCCGCCUGCACACACAACUUCGGCGGAACCCGAGACUAUGACGUGGUCGAAGAGUUCAUCACCAACAUCGUGACCUACAAGGAGCUGGAGGACAUCAGUGACGAGAACGCCCUCAAGGGCCUGUCGCUGCUGUUCUACGGACUGGCCUCCACUUGGUGGCAGGGCGUCCGCAAGGAGGCUGCCACGUGGAAUGACGCCAUCGCCCUCAUCCGCGAACACUUCUCCCCCACAAAGCCCGCCUACCAGGUCUACAUGGAGUUCUUCCAGAAGAAGCAGGAUGACCAUGAUCCCAUCGACACCUUUGUGGUAACCAAGCGGGCACUGCUCGCCCAGCUGCCCGCCGAUCGCCACGACGAGGAGACGGAGCUGGAUCUGCUCUACGGCCUGCUGAACAUCAAGUACCGCAAGCACAUUGCCCGCCAGAGCGUCCAGUCCUUCAAGGAUCUCCUCGAGCAGGGCCGCAUCAUCGAGCACAACAACCAGGAGGAUGAGGAGCUCACCGCCGCUUCCAAGAACGUGCGUGGCUCCCGUCGCACCACCCGCUGCACCUACUGCAACUUCCGCGGCCACACCUUCGACAACUGCCGCAAGCGCCAGAAGGAUCGGCAGGAGGAGAACCAGGAGGAGUAGGCGACCAAAACACCCACAAAUCCCAGACGGAGCAGCAGCCACCACAUGACAUCACCGGUGGCCCCGCCUCCCCAAAACAUUCCAGAACUUUUCGUAGCCACACUGGCCGACCAACGUCAGCGAGAGCCCAACAACCGGAGAGAGCGGGAGAGCCCAGAGCAGCAGCAACAUGUGCGGCAGCAACAGCAACACCACCAGCAGCAGCGGCAACAUGUACGGCAGCAACAUACGCCAGCACUCCCAAACUCUUCACACUCACUGGCAAUUGGCGUGCCGGUAAGCUUCGAUCAGCAUCUGACCCCCAAAAAAUCACGCUGUUUCGAUUACUUCCAACCGAAAACGGCUCUAAUUUCAUAAUAUUUCACGCUGCCCUGCGGCUUUUUUGGCAAAGAACGCCAACACUCCAGUCAGCAAUUCAUUCAAUUGCAAUCUUGAAUUUAUUUUUUGAACAAGCAAAGCUCCGAGAAUUAUUAGGCGGCGGCGGCUGGGGAUCAGGCAUUUCGUCCAAGAAAUCGGUUAGUCGCAAUGAAGAAAUAUGAAAUUCGAACUCAAAGGGGUCACCUCCUCUGGCUCGAAUUGAAUGUUUUGACAUUGCGACUCCGAAUGGAUGUUGCUUGAUCUUCAGCCGCCGCCCUCAGCCCGAUAAUUCUCACAACCGCCGGCUCCACUUUGUGCCGCUCAGCGGAAGACAAGAAGCGAUAAGUUGGUUACCCGGAGAGAUGAUCGCUGUGUUGAAAAAUGUAGUGACCAUCGCUCUUGUGACCAUUUUCCCUAGUUUUUCCGUCUGAUCCUGGUCCUUUGUGAAGCUGGCAAAAAACCCCCCGCCCGGUGAUCGCCCGCUUAGAUCCUUUUGCACGUGACAUUGACAGCCCCGAAGGGCGGCGACUUCCGUUUCCGGCUGCAGCCUCGGCUGCUUCCGGUCGUGGAUGCUGCGACCCCUCGCCAUGUCUCUGGUGCGAGUGGAGCUACAGCGGGCGUGAAUCGGGCAAAACUUAAAUUUCUACGGAAAUUUAAAAAACCAAACCAAUUUUGACAUUUGUCAAACAUCUUAGUAACCACAUAGCACUACGAUGGCUCCCGAAUCGCCAUCCGUGCGGUUGGCACGUCAAAUUGUCCCAUUCGGGAUCACGGGUGUAGGGCUGUUUAUCAUUUCACCCCUGCGAUUCCGCGACAAGCUUGAGGCACGCCAGUACCCAAACACAACACACAACAAAACCCGGGGCUGGGACUCGUCACUGCCGCGCCCCUCCAGCCGGCACAGACUCUCUCCGCCCCCCAAUGGAAAGCCGGCUUCUUGUGCAGAUGACAUAGGCGCGUCAGCCAUCCGACCCGGGAUUUUCCCGGAACAUGGUGGCCAGACUGGGAGCGUGCGCCUUGAAACGGAGAUUUGGCCACAAGCACUUCUACAGUUUGGCCCGCAGUUCUCACAGCGAUACCAAGAGUGGGGGCCUAUUAAUGACCACAAGAGGCUGCGAAGCACCAGCCAAACUAACAUACAAGACUGAAACCAGAAAAUACAAACUCAAAAAACUACAAAACCUAAA